AUGGAUCUCCUACGCUUCAAUUUGGUCUUGAUCAGCAUAUUCAGUCUGGCUAAAAUAAACUUAGUCCUUGGAGACAUUGGCACUGCCACUUCUUACAAUCCUCCAUACACCCCCACCAAGUGCGGGGGAAACAGAAAUGAUCAGUUUCCAGCAGGAAAUCUGUUCGUUGCGGUGAGUGAAGGACUGUGGGAUAACGGGGCUGCAUGCGGCAGACGCUACAGAUUAAGAUGCUUGAGCGGCAACAACAAGCCAUGCAGAGAUAUUGGCACCACCAUCGACGUUAGGGUGGUGGAUUUCUGCCCAAGACGCCCAUGCCCUUCCACCAUUGUUUUGUCUAGUGAUGCUUUUGCAGCUAUCUCCCGCAACCCUGAUGCCAAAAUCAACAUUGAAUACAUCCAGAUAUGA